AUGGACUGCCCUGGUUACAUACGGGUAGAUGGCGCUGUUAUAGCUCCUGGUGAUGCUAUACAUCCAGUUUCUAAUGUCCCUAAUGGACCUAGACAAAGUAUCACUCUAAGGGUGCUAAAGGACAAAAGAAGUGGAGAUUGGUGGGUAUAUUACGGCUUCAAUAAAAUCCCGACAGGCGUGGGAUACUUCCCAAGGUCGUUAUUCAGCUACUUAGCAGAAAAGGCAGACGGAAUGCAAUUUGGUGCAUUUGUUAAAUCUCAAAAAGCACUUCCAACUCCUCCAAUGGGCAAUGGUGCCCUCCCAAAUGGUGGUAAGGGUCACGCCGCAUUAUUCACAGACAUUAGAUUCAUUGACCAGGAUGGAAAUAGCAGCCCAAUCAAGGAAGACCUACCCAUGUUUGUUACUGAUAAAAAAUGCCACUCUAUCACCCAUAUUGUUCAUGCUGAAUGCUUUUAUGGUGGUCCUGGAGGUUGUAUGAGAUAA